AUGGGCGACGUUUUCCUGCUUGGCCUGAGUGCGGAUUUGGAGGAGACACAGCGUGUGUUGCCCCCGCGCUGCUUGUUCUGCGUCCCGCAGCCCCGCUCGCUGACAGAUGAAGAUAUCACCCAAGACGCGCUAUACACACACUUCCUGGCUGCUCCUGCAGACGACGAACCGGAGCGGCUGCUGGGCUCCUAUGAUACGCUAAACGGAAAGCAAGUGGCAGUCUUGGGCUCCCAUAUUCACACUGGAAAGGGCUUCAGUGACCGCAGACAAGUUCGAAUUUUGUUGUCCGAGAAGAGGGAGAUCCAUCAUCAGGAGGUGACGGUGCUGCACAUCAGUCGACCGCUGGAAGGCGGUCUCGAGGUGCCUGAAGAUCCCAGUGAGAUUGAUGUUGCUACCUUGAGAAAAUAUACAGCCAUUCUUAGGUCGUUCCCUGAGAAUGAGCUGGUGUUUUAUCAGUUGGGGGAAACUAUCAGCCAAGUGCACAAGAUUUGUGUACAAGAGCAGGUAUACGAGAGGUACGAGCAGACGCUACCGGCAAGUUUGAGAGAGGAGUGGGAAGCUGCAGUGGAAGAGCUUAUCCACGCUGGCAGUUUUGAUGACGUCGAGGAGGACUAUAGAUUGCAAAGAAGACAUGGGGGAGGAGUAAGUCACCUGCUGCAGAUCCAGCAGGUGGUGGAAUGCUAUUUGAUGGAGAGUCUGCACGAUGUUCUUUUUCCAAAAAUCGUGGCGAGCUGCCAAGAGCAGGAUAAGAAGCUACAGCAGGUUUUGUAUCGCAUGAGGCACUAUACUCCAGAGGAUUUCGGGCUGAGAAAAGAGUUCCAGUGUUUUACUGCAGAAGCGCGUGACACACUUCUCACCAUUACACAGAAGAAGACGCCAUUGGACAUGCUGCUCGUUCUCAAGACAUGUAUUGAUCGAGUAAGCGAUGCAAUUGCGCGGAACAUCAAACUGCGGAGAUUGGAUUUUGAGGCAUAUCAAUUAACGACAGACGAUAUUCUGGAUCAACUACUAUUUGGAAAUGCGGAGUCAGCUUCGCUGUUUCCGAUCGCUGCAGUGAUCAAGUAUAUUUCGGACUACCACUUCAUCAACUCUAACACGACGGCGUUGGGCUUCACGAUUGCAAAUUUCCAAGUGGCUGUCCAAUAUUUUUUAAUGCGUGGAGAUCAUGAAGACGACUGCAAGGAUUGUGCAGAACUUGCUUUACAAGGUGGAAAUGCGGGCAUUCGCUGCGCACAAGUCAUCGAAGAAGCACAGUGCGUGCGGGCUGCUCAUAGAAUUCGGCGAGAUCUUAUUAAGGCCAUGGAGAACGUGGAGCUUGCAAGACGAGACACUGGGACGGGAACUGGACAAAAAAGUCCUCAUCCAAUCGUUGCUGAUUCCAGUGAUUCUGUUUCUAGUGAUGCUACAUCCAUGAAGCGAUUAUUUAUCAUUGGAGAAUGGUCGACGUCUAGUGAAGAACUGGAUGUAGCGGAAAGCAUGUCAAGUGAUGCUUUAUCGACAAGUGCACUUGUUGUUCAUCCUGUUGACUUCGCGGUCGGCGAGAAACGGGCUUUAGCGAAUGAUACCAACAUAGUUCAUGUGAGCUGCGGCCAACGUUUCUUUGCUUCAGUGACGGAGGAUGGACAUCUGCUCACAUGGGGCGACAGUAGUGGCGGUCGUUUGGGGUACACGAUAGCCGAUGGCGAUUCUCGGCGAGUUAGCAUCCCACAACGUGUAUUAGCGCUGCAAGGGCACACGAUUAUUCAAGUUUCUUGUGGAGCUUUUCAUACUCUGGUUACAGAUUUAAACGGGCACGUCUUUGCAUGGGGAAGUAAUUCCAAAGGUCAAUUGGGAUUUCUAUCGCCUGGGACCCCAUCCACAGCAGUUGAGACGCCAACCGUUGUGGGGGAUCUUCGAGGGGUGUACAUGAGCUCUGUGGCCUGUGGCGAGUACCAUUCGCUUGCUCUAUCAUCUGACGGUCGCGUGUUUUCGUGGGGCUGCAAUAAAUAUGGGAAACUUGGUCGUGUUGCUGAGGGCUUGCUCGAUAUGGUGCAACCGAGACAUAUUAAUGCAGAUUGGACAGGGUGGGCAAUGGAAACGAAGUCGAGAAUUGGUAGCGGAGACAGGUAUGCGGUCCGCCGUAUUGCAGCAGGGAAGGAUCAUUCUCUUGCGAUCAACAGUGAUGGCGCAGGAUUUACAUGGGGACGUGGAGAUUCUGGUCAGCUUGGCCAUGGAUGCUACAUGGACGUUAGCGAACCGAAACAGGUGAUGGCGAUCUCAGCAACUAUUUCGAAAGAAUGCGGACUGAUCGACAUUGCAGGAGGAAACGACUUCUCUAUUUUCUUGUUCUCAAACGGUACGGCGUAUAUCUGCGGACGGGAUCCUUCCCUUGACGUUGAGACGCUUAUUCUCUCGCCAAUGUUGCUGACGCUCCCAUUGGUGCUUGAGCCCGAGUUAUUUGGGCAAAUUACCGCGGUAUCCUGUGGCGAAGUUAACUACGCGCUUUUAUCUAAAAGCGGAGCGUUAUUGGUAUCUUUCUCAAGCGUCUCGCAACCAUCACCGGUCGCUGGAACAACGACAGCCGAAGCACAGGAGAGACGCGUGAGGUGGCUAAAAGAGGCCGGUGAUGUUUAUCGAAUGGUCUGUGGUGCCUCGCACACGCUCGUGGUUGUCUAG